GGGAUUUUGUAACAACAAACGCACCACUCCCCCAAUGACCUCGCCCUCCCUGUUAUGAAACACCUAAAUUUUGACCAUUUUGUAAUUUCUAUCCAGGAAAAACGAUAAAUACAUAGCUAGUACAUUGACACACCAGUGAUUUCGAAGAAGCUUUGAACAUCAAGUAUUGAAUGAGAAGGACUUUAGGACUGGUCAGAAACCUCCCACAAUGCUGAAAACAAUUGGGCAAGCUAUUUUUUCGACUACUUUGCAGAAUCCAAAGUUUACACCUAACGAGGAGAAUAAGGCUCCUGACUAUGAGGUCCGUACCUAUCAGACAACCAACUGGAUAAGCACUACUCUGACUGGUAUGGAGCAGCAGGCUGCGAUAAGCACUGGGUUCCGACGCCUGUUCAGCUACAUCCAGGGCAACAACCACAACAAGGAGAACGUGGAGAUGACAGCUCCAGUGACGUGUCUGGUGGACCCUGGGGCUGGCCCGGCCUGUGAGACCACCUUCACAGUGUCCUUCUAUAUCCCAGAGGAGCACCAGGCCGCCCCACCCCUGCCCAGCGACCCAGAAGUCUUCCUGGAGAACAGAAAGGAGUUCACUGUGUUUGUCAGGACGUAUGGGGGUUUCACCAACAUGCAGAAGAGUCGUGAGGAGCUUCUGAAUCUGCUAGAGAGCCUCCAGAGGGACGGGGCACGCUACAAGGACAUGCCCUACUACGUCUGUGGCUAUGACAGCCCCUUCAAACUAGUCAACCGCAGAAAUGAGGUCUGGAUCCUCCAGAAGACAGAGCCAUAGUAACGGUUCAAAGGGGGUCCCUACCUUUCUCCUCGAAGUAUGCACUUGAACACUCUUUUAUUUAGAAGUAUUGGAUUGGUGUAGGCAUGGACGACCAGAUACACUUUAUAUCAGUGGAGGCUGCUGAGAGGAGGAUGGCUCAUAAUAAUGGGUUGAUCAGAGCAAAUGGAAUGGCAUCAAACACAUGGAAACCAUGAUGUGUUUGACGUAUUUGCAACUAUUCCGCUCCAGCCACUACCAUGAGCCCAUCCUCCCCAAUUAAGGUGCCAGCAACCUCCUGUGCUAUAUAUACAAAAGUAUGUGGACACCCCUUCAAAUUAGUGGAUUCAGCUAU